CCUAUCUGCUUCAUUACCGGUUUUGCUUGUCAGUUGCCCUACAAGGUUCCAUCACGUUGCACAAUGGAAUGCUUGAUUAUUUCGGACAUUUUGUGCCAAUUCUUUCUUCCCAUGUUUGAUUCAAAACCUCACUACCCUACGUCUCAUCUCUACUACCAAAGCACUCGAAAAUGCUCAACUUUCUAUCCUCCUCCUCUCGUAAAGGCGCGCACCAUGUUCCACGCAAGUCAGGAGUCUGCUCAAAUGGCGCGGAAUCAAGUGACUCACCUUUCCGAGGAAGUGGCCGCACUCCAGAUUCAAUUGAAUGCUGUCAAUACUGCUUUGAAAGCAGCUGUGGCCGAUGCUGCCUCUUCUGUCACGUGCGCUACUACCACCCUUCAUCGCAUUCCCGCACCCCUUGGCUCUGUCGGUGGGGCUAGAAAUCUUAGAAGUCGACUUGCUCGGAAAUCCGCCGCUGGUGAGACGGAGCACCAAAUGCCUGUCGAGCCAAUGACAAGUGAAGUCGAAUCCGAAGUUGAUCAUCUGCCACCUUUGGAAAAUGCACGUUCUCCCACACGUCUACAUCGAGUCUCUAGUCUCUCCUCACCCCGUCGACCCCUGCUCAUACCCUCUGCGUCCAUUGGCGGUCUUCCUUUCCUUCCCUCACCAUUGCCAAUUAAUUUCUGCUUCUCAGGUCAUCUGGAUGUACCUGGAAAACCAGGCCGACGAAAGAAAUUGGUGUGGGACCAAAGAUUUGCCAAGUUAACUUUUAGUCGCUUCCUGGUGUGGGACACCAUAAAAUCCUCCGACAGUGCUCAAUCAUCCGCCCCACUUGAUAGCCUUGCCUCACCGUUGGAGACUGCUGCCUUGGGUUCCACUGUGUCCGCUACCUCUGGCCGCAAAGCCUCGCGUCCUGGACCUAACCUCCUGUUGGACCUUCCACUGAAUGCUAUUCUCCAUGUGCGUAGUGUCACCUCGUGUGAUGUGCUUCAUGCGCCGGCGGAGGAUCUGCCAAGGAUAUUCCAGAUCAUCUUCGACCAAUGUGAGGCUGGUGGUGCAAGUAGUGGGGGGACGAGGCAGACCUCAGAGGUCCGUGUCUCAAGUCCCGAUUCGAGUCCACAUUGUCCUACGUCGCCGCCACCGAAAUCAUCUCCGUCUACUGGACUACUGGGUUGGCUUAUUUGUUCUGUGUUGCUGAUGGGAUAUUCUGUAUUGUUGAUAGCCUAUCUUUUAGGAUUUUAA